AUGAAGAUCAAAGCAAGUCUGCCCGACAAACUCAAAUCGAUCCGAAAUGCCGGCUUUGACGGAAUUGAGCUGUCCAUGCCCGACAUCAUCAGCUAUGGAGAACUCCUUAACGGGUCGUCACCCGCGGAAGAUGACUACGAUACCCUCGCCGAUGUCGCGAAGAAGAUUAAGUCAUUGACCGAUGAAUUGGGGUUGAAAAUCAUGAUGCUGCAGCCUUUUGCCAAUUUCGAGGGCUGGAACAAAGUCACGCAUGGUAAACAGAGACAGAAAGCUUUUGAUAAAGCAAAGGGAUGGAUCAAAGUUAUGGAGGCUGCUGGCAUCACUCUCCUCCAGGUAAUUCGCGCGCACACCACUCCAUCUUUACCUGUACUAACGUUUUCGCAGGUCGGUUCAUCAGAUUCCGAAGGCAUCUCUUCCUCCUUCGAUGAUCUAGCCUCCGAUCUUGCAGAACUAGCAGACCUCUUAGCCGAAAAGAACUUCAGCAUCGCCUACGAAAAUUGGUGCUGGGCCACCCACGCCCCAACAUGGAAGACAGUCUGGCAAAUUGUCCAAAAGGCCGACAGACCCAACAUUGGUCUCUGCCUCGAUACCUUCCAAACAGCCGGCUACGAAUGGGGAGAUCCCACUACUAAUGACGGUCUCACUUCAGCAAGCAGCUCCGACGAACGCCAGAAUCGAUGGGAGAUGAGUCUUCAAGAACUUGCUGCUACUGUUCCAGCAGAGAAGAUCUACCUCCUCCAGAUCUCGGACGCGUACAAGAUGGAUCCUCCAAUUAAGAAUGUCAAGGAUGAGCAAGGAAGCAGACCCCGUGCGAGGUGGAGUCAUGAUUACAGGCCGCUGCCGUGUGAUGGCGGAUAUUUGCCGGUACAAGACAUGAUGGCUUCUGUGCUGAAGACUGGGUUCAGGAGCUGGCUGAGCGUUGAGGUCUUUGAUGGGCUUGAGGGGGAAAAUACGGAUAUGAAUGACUACACUAAGAUGGCGUUUGAGUCGGUCAAUAAGUUGAUUGACUUUAGUGGGUGA